AUGUCCCAACACCAUCUGCAAAUUUAUCCGCCCAGCCAGUACGCCUUUGAUCAGCCGUCGAAAGAUGGGUUUUCAGACAGACGACGAUCACUCGUUGGAAAUUCAUGGCAAACCUUAUCGAGUUCCAAAUACCGCCAAUUUCCAGAAACAGAUAAUCCAUGGUUUUACGAAAUUGAAGCUGCCAAUACUGCUAUAGCGCGCAAGGAAAGGGAAAACAAAGCCCUGCUUCAAGAAAUCGAACGAAUCCAGCUACAAUCCAAGGAGGAGGUUGCCCAAUUAACAGAAACAAUAAUGCGUCUGAGGCAAGAAAAUGCAGAUAUCCGUGAUGCUUCCCAAAAGAAAAUUACCUUACUGGAAGCGGAAAUCAAGAAAAUGGAUGAUCGACCAACUGCUGCCAGCACAACAGUCGAAUCAUCUAUUUCUUAUGAUCAGCCAGCAUCACCCUUAUCUGAGGAACCAGCGGCGCAUCAGAUCAAAUCCAAAGCCUUGGUGCUUAGUAUUCAGGAUACGAUAGAGGCGAUUGAAGCAGAACUGCGGUCCUACCAGCUCCAUGGUCGCAGUGAUGACAAUUUUCAACCGUCCCUCCCAUCCGAUGAUCAGCCCGCCGUCGCAAACAGCAGCCAAGUAGUGAUGAAAGAAGCAGCUAAACUACCAACACCCGACAAUGAGAAAACAGCAUCAUUCGCUGUUGAUGUAUCAAGGCCAGGUCGGAAAUCGAAACAACCCAUGGCCAAACCAUUGCCGGUCCCUCAGAUAAACCACACCGUCAAAGGCCUUCCGCGUAUUUUUGGCAAGUUUGGCACUAAGCGUGCCCAAAACAAAGCGGCGGAUGUAACUGUUCAAACCAAAGGCGCGAACAUCGAUGUGCCCUGGAAUUCACCGAGAAAGCCAAGUUACGAACGGAUACCUGCAUCAUGGGCCGACCACAGGGUCGGAUCACCAUUAAAUGAUACCAAAGAUGUCCCUCCCCUAUCCCCUUCCCCAUCGAGUUCUUCUUCCUCAUUUUCAUCCUCCUCCACAACCCCGGAUGAAGAAGCGCUAAUGCAAGAUAUAUCCCACAUCCGAUCUCUGCUGAAUCGAGACUUGGCAUAGAACGAUCACUUCCGAAACAGCCGACCGAGUUUCAAAAAUACAACAUAACUCCCAUACCCGCGCCGACUUGCAUCCAGCGCACGAACGAUACAUAAUUUAACACAUAUUCAUUGAUCACGUUUUGUACAGUAGAAUCAAUUUUCAGCCAUUUCACGGCUGCAUAGACAUCACUACACAAGAACGCCGUGCUUAUUUUAUCCAUCGCCUUAUUUUAGAAUUUAUAAGCGGUCCAUUUGUCACCGCCGGCCGGCUUUCUGAAUCUAAAUAAUGGUAUCAUACUAAAGAAAAUAAAG